ACCACCAGAGUCAUCUCGAGAACCCAAGCUUUAGACUUACAAUUCCGUUCAUCAGUUAGAGUUGUUGCGCUCCAGCCCAGGAGUCGCAAGAGUGAACAUCUGAGAGAGAGAGAGGUUGGGUUUAUGGGCUUGGAGGGUAAGUGGGCUUGGGCUGCUGAGUGAACCUAAACCCAAAGAAAGAAAUCAGCUGUAGACUGAAAUCGUCAGACUCCAGUCAUCUUUCUCGUCCACAGCACAGCACAGCACAGCACCUUCUUUUCUAAUUUCAAAGUUUUCAAGAAAUAAAGAAUAUAUUUUUCUUCAAUCACAUUGACAGGAUGCUGAGCCCUAACCAUCAGUUUGGUUCUGCAUCAGUCGUUGUUCGUUCCAACCCAAGUCCUCUACUUGGGUUUGGAACAUUCCGGAAAUUAAGCAACACUUCGUUUGCUUCAAUGAACAACCAACCAAGGGCUUCUUGCACCAUAGCUUGCAACACCUCCACAAAAAGUGAUGUCUCACUCUCACAAAGGAACGCUAGUAUAACAACAACUACAACAACUCAUGGACUUUCUGAAACGGUUGUGGGCGUUUUGGGCGGAGGACAGUUAGGGCGAAUGCUUUGUCAAGCCGCUUCCCAAAUGUCAAUCAAAGUCAAUAUAUUGGAUCCUUUGACAAACUGCCCCGCCAGUUCUAUAUCUACUCAUCAUAUGGUCGGAAGUUAUAACGACAGCGCAAAAGUUGAAGAAUUCGCAAAGAGUUGUGGAAUAUUGACGGUUGAAAUUGAGCACGUUGAUGCUGAUACGUUGGAGAAACUCGAAAAACAAGGGUUAGAUUGUCAGCCUAAAGCUUCCACCAUUCGCAUUAUACAGGAUAAGUAUCUACAAAAAGUCCAUUUUUCUCGAAACAACAUCCCGCUACCGAAGUUCGUGCAGAUUAAUGACCAAGAAAGUGCUGAAAGAGCGGGUCAAGAAUUUGGCUAUCCUCUUAUGAUAAAGAGUAGACGGCUGGCUUAUGAUGGCCGUGGUAAUGUUGUUGCUAAAACUGAAAAGGAACUCACUUCUGCAAUAAACGCUCUAGGAGGAUUUGAUCAUGGUUUAUACGUUGAACAAUGGGCCCCUUUUGUUAAGGAGCUUGCGGUUAUUGUUGCAAGAGGACGAGACAAUUCUAUAUCGUGCUAUCCUGUUGUCGAGACUGUACACAGGGAAAACAUUUGUCACAUUGUCAAGGCACCUGCUAAUGAAUCAUGGAAGAUUAUGAAACUUGCAACGGAUAUCGCUUCCCGAGCUGUUGCUUCGUUAGAAGGUGCCGGUGUGUUUGCAGUUGAACUGUUUUUGACAGAAGACGGCCAGAUUUUAUUGAAUGAAGUUGCCCCUAGACCUCAUAACAGUGGGCACCACACUAUUGAGUCGUGUUAUACUUCACAAUAUGAGCAGCAUUUACGGGCCAUAGUUGGGCUUCCGCUUGGUAAUCCAUCAUUGAAGGUUCCAGCUGCCAUGAUGUACAACAUUCUUGGUGAAGAUGAUGGAGAGGCAGGUUUUAUUCUGGCAAAUCAGAUUAUAAAACGAGCGUUGUGUACUCCAGGGGCCGCCAUUCAUUGGUAUGACAAGCCAGAUAUGCGAAAGCAACGGAAGAUGGGCCACAUAACUGUUGUCGGGCCUUCAAUGGGAAUUGUUGAAGCGCGGGUUAAGUCAUUUCUCGAAGAAGAAAGUUCAGAGGAGACUCCAGUUGCUCCACGUGUUGGAAUCAUAAUGGGAUCUGAUUCAGAUCUUCCAGUGAUGAAAGAAGCUGCUAAAAUUUUGAACGACUUUGACGUGUCCGCUGAGGUAAGAAUAGUGUCAGCACACCGGACACCUGAGCUGAUGUUUUCUUAUGCAACGUCUGCUCGAGAACGAGGUGUUCAGGUUAUUAUUGCUGGUGCUGGGGGUGCAGCCCAUUUGCCAGGUAUGGUAGCUGCCCUGACACCGUUACCCGUGAUUGGAGUUCCUGUACGCGCUUCGACAUUGGAUGGCCUUGACUCCCUUCUCUCCAUUGUGCAGAUGCCUAGAGGUGUUCCUGUUGCAACGGUUGUGAUAAACAAUGCGACUAAUGCGGGGUUGUUGGCAGUCAGAAUGUUAGGGGUGGCUGAUCCUGCCCUCCAAGCAAGAAUGGCACAAUUCCAAGAAGACGCAAGAGAUACAGUAUUGGAAAAGACGGAGAAGCUAGAAAAAGUGGGCUGCGAAGAGUAUUUGAAUUCUCGAUAAUACUUUAGAAUUCUUCACAAAGUCAGUCACUAACCAACCAAGACUUGCAUAAAACCAUGGAAGCGCCCAUUCAUUAGAUAGAUUUGGAGUCCAGGCCCCAUGAUGUUUUAUUUGCGGAUUUUUGUCUGUUUGUACUAUGCUUAUCUUCAGAGAAAAAUGCAAGUGUAUGGAUACAAUAGGAACUUCAUAUAAGAAAUACACUUUAUUUUUCAAACAGAAAACUACUUUGAAUUGAAAGAUUCUACCGAUGUUUGUUU